ACGUGUGUGUGUAUGCAGUCUAUAUCGGACCGUGAGGUGUUUGCACACACAUCGCGAAUCGCAUCGGGCGACGAUGGCGAAUCUGCGCGAAUCAGCGCGAAUAUAAUCCCGCGGUGAUGAGAUAGUGAUCGUGCGACCUUAUCCGCGGGCGAUCGCGGGCUGACAGCGCGGGCAGUGUACGAGCGAGGAUCCGCGGCGCCCUACCCCACCGCCCUGCCACGGUGUGUGUUAUUCAUGACCCUUUGAAUUUUCGUAAACAGAGAGAGAACCGAGAAUGGGUGUUGGCCUCAAACCGCUGGAGUUCACGGAUUGCUUGACCGACAGCCCGUACUUCCGCGAGAAUCUCCACUAUCACGAGCGCGAGUUGGAGAAGACCAGCCAGCAGAUCAAACGGCUCGUCAAGGAGGUCAAGGAUUUGUUGCUGGCCGCCAAGAACUUGUCUAGAGCGCAAAGAGCCUUUUCCAAAACGUUGCAAAACUUUAGUUUUGAAUGCAUCGGCGAGAGCCAAACCGAGGACGAGACUCACAUAUCCCAAAGUCUGAAAGAAUUUGGCAAACUUAUCGCAUCCAUAGAAGAUGAGAGGGAUCGCAUGCUGGAACGAGCAUAUGAUCAAAUUAUACUACCUUUGGAAAACUUUAGGAAAGAACAUAUCGGUGGAGUUAAGGAUGGUAAAAAGAAAUUUGAGAAACAGACGAUUAAGUUCUGUCAGAGUCAAGAGCGUUACUUGAAUUUGUCCACGAAGAAGCAGGACAAUGUUUUGCAAGAGGCCGACGCGACGUUGGAGAUGGCUGAAAGACAUUUCUCUCAAGCUAGCUUAGAAUAUGUAUUUUUACUGCAAGAGGUGCAGGAACGGAAAAAAUUUGAAUUUGUUGAAACGUUGCUGGGAUUUAUGUUUGGAUGGCUGACAUUUUAUCAUCAAGGCCACGAAGUCGCGAAAGAUUUCAAACCUUAUAUGACAGAGCUACAAUUAAAGAUUCAGAAGACUAGAGAGAAUUUCCUUGCUACCCGGGAUAAAACUGAAUCGCUUAUGAAUAAAAUGAAGGACAUGAAGAAGUCCACGGUAGAAAGUGGUCUCAACAAAUUGAACUCACGCGAAGGAUAUCUGUUCCUAAUGGAGAAAAAAGCGUUUGGUACAACAUGGACAAAACAAUAUUGCACAUAUCAGAAGGACAGGAAAGAGUUCACUAUGAUCCCUUACAAUCAGCUCACGGGAAAAUUUAGUAGUAAAGAAACCUUUACACUGGCGUCUUGCAUACGACGAAUGUCGGACACUAUCGAGAAAAGAUUUUGCUUCGACAUCACUGCCAUUGAUAAACCUAAUGUAACAUAUACAUUCCAAGCGCUUUCCGAAGAGGAUAGGAAGUUAUGGAUGGACGCUAUGGAUGGGAAGGAACCUACCUGUCCGCGGUUAGGUUCUUCCACAAGACCCGAAGAUGUGACGUUGGCUGAAACCGGUUUUACGUUCGUAUCAAAGUGCAUUGCGGCGCUCGAAGAUAGAGGACUAGAAGAACAAGGUCUGUACAGAGUGGUCGGGGUUGCCUCUAAAGUAAACAAGCUCCUGACGAUGGGUCUCGACAAGAGGAAAGUGGAUAAGCUCAACUUGAGCGAUCGCUUUGAAUGGGAGAGUAAAACUAUUACCAGCGCGCUCAAAACUUACCUGAGAACCCUGUCCGAGCCGUUAAUGACUUUCCGAUACUACAACAGCUUCAUUACCGCUGCGAAACAGGAGAUGAAGGAAACCCGGAUAAAUGAUAUACACAACCUCGUUUAUCGGUUGCCUAAAGCCAAUUUCAAUAUGCUGAUCCUUCUCAUCACUCAUCUCUGCACCGUGGCGAAGAAAAAUGAUAAAAAUCUGAUGACCGUGGGGAACCUGGCGGUGUGCUUCGGUCCGACUUUGUUACGGCCGGAAGAAGAAACAGUGGCUUCUAUAAUGGACAUCAAGUUUUACAAUAUCGUCGUGGAAAUAUUGAUUGAAAAUUGCGAGAGAAUAGUAGCUGGACCGCCACAGGACGCUUUGCAGCGCGCGGUAGCGGCGCAGUCCGCGCUGCAGGCCACCGUUAUCCCGAGUAAAGCGCAAUGCGUCAAGGUGGACGAGGGCCCGACUUCCUCGGGUAAUGGAACGGCAUUUUUAAGAUAUCCGUUACACACGGCGGUAACGGUUACACCCCCAUCGUCGCACGCGCACCUCGUUACAAGAUCGUACUACGACGGUCAGCCUCUGACUGUUAACAAGUCGCCCACGAUCGACGAGAGAAAUAACGGGGAUUACGAAGACCUCGACAGCACGAGUCAUCGUAUACCAACGUACUUGGACAGUCGCGGCGGUGGUACCAGUGGCAGUCGGAUAAAGCUGACUAACGCGAAUCUCAUGUAUCAUUCAGCCGACAAAGUUCUGAGCGGUGGCAAUACAAGCAGCUCGAGCGAAUCGAUCGCCUCGGAUCCCCAUCCCUUUACGAGCGAGUUACCGAUAAAGCAAAAACGUGGCACCAUGAUAUCCGUGCACUAUCCCACGGCUUAUCCUCAGCGUAGCAACUCGUCGAUAUGCCCCAUCAACACUUCGCCCAGUAGCGGACGUUCGAGUCCUGGUCAAAUUCCAGGAAUCUGGAGAGUGCGCACCUUAUACGCGUGUAUGGCGGAAAACGAUGGCGAAUUGUCAUUCGAACCAAAUCAAAUUAUCACAAAUGUUAAGGCCUCUUUGGAGCCAGGUUGGCUGGAAGGUACAUUGAACGGUAAAACGGGUUUAGUGCCGAAGAAUUACGUGGAACAACUGCCCUAAAGUACCGCGAAGGAAAUGAAAACCAAAGAGCGUCUGAGAAAAUGUAGGCAAUUUCAUCAUUACAAAACAAAUUUAUAAAUAUUCUUUUAGAUAACGUUUACGAUAUCACUGAAGGAAACAAAUAUAUAUGAAAGCUAUACAAUGCAAGAACAGCCACGUUUUGAGCUUUCAUCUCAAUUUCUUUGGCUAUACGCUGCUUAGUCAAUUAUAUAUAUAUAAAUAUAAUAUAUAUAUAAUUUAUAUAUUUCAUUUGCAUA